UUGGCAACACUAAGAUAUUAUGCAACGAAUAAUUCACAAUUAACGAUCGGUGAUUUUAGUAGACUCAGCACACCUACAGCACAUAAAAUAAUACAUAGAGUUAGUGCUGCCAUGGCGUCAUUGAACCACGAGUACAUAAAAUUUCCGAAUACUCAACAGGAAAUUCGGCAAAAUCAAAGGGAGUUUUAUGGUAUAGCAAGAUUCCCUAGAGUUAUAGGGGCAAUGGACUGCACACAUAUCAGGACAAGAAACGCUGUUGAAAGGUCUUACGGGGUUUGGAAACGAAGAUUUCCAGUACUAGCUUUAGGACUACGAGUUAAAUUAGACAAUGCUUUGGUUAUAAUUAUGGCAACGGCGGUACUGCAUAAGAUAUUGCGUCAACAAGGAGAAACAGUUCCACCUGAUGAUCCAGGUUAA